GAAAGUCAGGACAGGAUGAGGGAUAGUUCAGCAUCCAGCUCAGCUUCUUCAUCAGUGACAGAGCUGUACUGCACCCCCUCCAGCAGUAGGUCAUGCCUCUUCCUCCCGAGUACAGCAAGAGACUUCAGCUUGAGUGCCAGCUUAUCAGCUUGUAUGAGGCCUUAUGAGGGUGCAGUAGAACCCAUGCAGAUUGACGUGGAUCCACAAGAAGAUCAGCAAAAUGCACCUGAUAUCAACUAUGUGGUGGAGAACCCCACUCUGGAUUUGGAGCAGUAUGCGUCCAGCUACAGUGGUCUGAUGCGAAUUGAGCGGCUGCAGUUCAUUGCUGAUCACUGCCCACAGCUGCGGGUGGAAGCUCUCAAGAUGGCACUGUCAUUUGUCCAGAGAACUUUCAAUGUUGAUGUGUAUGAAGAAAUCCACAGAAAGCUGUCUGAGGCCACCAGAGAACUGCAGAAUACACCUGAUGCUGUCCCUGAUAGUGGAAUUGAACCCCCUCCUCUUGACACAGCUUGGGUUGAAGCUACACGCAAAAAAGCUCUUCUUAAACUGGAGAAACUCGACACAGAUCUGAAAAAUUACAAAGGGAACUCCAUCAAGGAGAGUAUCAGGAGAGGCCAUGAUGACUUAGGUGAUCAUUACCUUGACUGUGGGGACCUCAGCAACGCUCUCAAAUGUUACUCGCGAGCCCGUGAUUACUGUACCAGUGCUAAACAUGUUAUCAACAUGUGUCUCAAUGUCAUCAAGGUCAGUGUCUACCUCCAGAAUUGGUCUCAUGUUCUGAGCUAUGUAAGCAAGGCUGAGUCUACACCAGAAAUUGCAGAACAAAGAGGAGAAAGAGACAGCCAGACACAAGCAAUUCUCACCAAACUGAAAUGUGCAGCAGGCUUGGCCGAACUAGCUGCUCGGAAGUACAAACAGGCAGCAAAGUGCUUCUUGUUGGCAUCAUUUGAUCACUGUGAUUUCCCUGAGCUGUUAUCUCCUAGCAAUGUGGCUGUGUAUGGUGGUCUCUGUGCCCUUGCUACCUUUGACCGUCAGGAACUGCAACGAAAUGUUAUCUCCAGCAGCUCCUUCAAAUUGUUUUUGGAGCUGGAGCCACAGGUUCGUGACAUCAUCUUCAAGUUUUAUGAAUCUAAAUAUGCUUCAUGCCUGAAGAUGCUGGAUGAGAUGAAGGACAACCUGCUGCUGGAUAUGUACCUUGCACCUCAUGUCAGGACACUUUAUACCCAGAUUCGAAAUCGUGCCCUUAUCCAGUACUUCAGCCCCUAUGUGUCGGCAGACAUGCGCAAGAUGGCCACUGCUUUUAAUACCACAGUGGCUGCUCUGGAAGAUGAACUUACUCAGCUGAUCCUGGAGGGACUGAUCAAUGCCAGAAUAGACUCGCACAGUAAGAUUCUUUAUGCUCGAGAUGUAGAUCAGCGCAGCACAACUUUUGAAAAGUCUUUACUAAUGGGUAAAGAGUUUCAGCGACGUGCCAAAGCUAUGAUCCUGCGAGCUGCAGUCCUGCGCAACCAGAUACAUGUCAAGUCUCCUCCGAGAGAAGGUAGCCAAGGCGAGCUUACUCCAGCUAACAGCCAGUCCAGGAUGAGCACCAACAUGUGAAAAACUUCGUGCACUACCAAAAGAAAUGGUCCCUCCAGGACUGUACCCAGUGUCUCACCCACUAACUGCUGAGCUUCACAAACUGUCCCUGUCUCCCUCACUUCUUGCUUGGAUUGAGAGGGUCAGGGCUGAUGGUGGAUAAUAUGAAUAUUCCAAUAACUUCAGUUCUUGAAAAGAAAUUCUUUCUAAAAACAGCAUCCCUGCAAUGGGUCAUCAUUUCAGUUUUGGUAGAACAUCUUCCUUCAUUCUCCUUCUUCCGCUGCUCCAUAAAGAGCUGUCAGGUUAUUCAUACAGAUGCUGAUUUGAGAGUUUUUCAGCUGCUAUUAGUUUUCUUGUUUCAAAGCUGCAAAAAUAGUUAGUGUGAAGUUGAAUGGACAGGCGUGAUCUAAGAUGAAUUUCGCUGGCCUGAAAGUACUGCCUUGAUUCUGAGCAAUGCUGAGCUUUCUGUUUAUUCCAGAUAAACUUGCAAGUGCAUUGCUCUCAAUUAUGGAGCUAGAGUUCUGAUGGGAGAGGAGAUUUCCUUUGAGAAACUCGUAAUGAUUUUUGACCUACACCAGAAAACAUGGCACUGCUUCCAUGCAUUUGGUCACAGGCCUUUAUUUUAGGGUGUUAUGUUUACCUGGAUCCAGGUUCUUUGUCUCCGGUCUCUGUUUUUAAAGACCUGUUUCCUGAUGUGUUUCCCACUUGUGCAUGACCUGGCUUUGGGGUCCAGUGUUAUCAUAGCAGUAAAUCUCUACUUCAUGCAAA